UGUUAUGUUAUUAUUCAUAUUUGAAUGAUUUGAGACUGCAGUUCCACCGCCCACCAGUUGAGGCCAACCAAACCCGGAGCGCCUCUACUUUUAACUUCCGUCUCCAAAACCAAAAUGGGUGGCGCCAAAGCUUGACAACAAAGCGGCUGUUCCCUCACAACGGACCACCCGAAAAAAGCUCGCUUUUCUCCCCAAAGUUCACCUUCAACGACUUUUUUUUCUCUUCCGCCAACAACGUCCGGAUUUUAUAACAAGGGCUCGGGAGUGUUUUUGAUCGUCCAGAUGUCAACAUGGCUCCGAAGAGCGAGCAACUUCUCAUCGUGUUGUCCAUUCUGGAAGGGCGCGAUUUCCCCAAGUGCCCUCGGCUCAGCUUGGAGGUUCAGGCGAGCUUCGACGGCGAGCAGCUGACCACCGACCCCGUGGAGCACCUGGACCAGCCGCACUUCAGCACUGAGCUGGCCUGGGAGCUGGACCGCAAGAUGCUGCACCAGCACAGACUGCAGAGGACCCCCAUCAAGCUUCAGUGUUUCACCGUGGACUCCAGCAACAACAGCAGGGAGAACGUGGGCUACAUUGUGCUGGACCUCAGAUCCGUUCAGGAAGUCCCACAGGAUCCACGCUGGCAUACGCUGCUGAGCAGCAAGUACACAAAUAAGAAGCCGUCGCUGCUCCUCAGCAUGGUGCUGGAGAAUGACGGCAAGUCCACGCCGCCACCACCGCCCUCUCCCCAAGCACCCCGAAACAAGAAGGCCCAAAGAGCGCCUCGCUCGAGCGGGCCUGUAACCCCGCAGCCCCUCCUGGACAAGCUGGAGGCGGUCCUGGUGCCUGAGCAGGGUUACCAUCAGGUGGGACCCGACAGCGUGGCCACCGACAUGUUUGUGCUGUCCGUCACUGUGGCUUUUGUCGCCAAGUUGGAACAGUUAAUCCCCACCACGCUCAAGUUGUCAUCAGAGGAUGCCGGCUUCUUCUUUUUCUACACACUGCUGGGCAACGACAUCACCAGUGAGCCCUUUCGGAACCUCCUGACGCCGGACUUCCAGCCCGAGCGCGCCUCGGUGCGCGUCCGCAGCAGCGACCGCGCCCUGCGCGCCUUCCUGUCGCAGCAACCGCCCUUGCAGAUCCACCUAUGCUGCGGCACGCACUCGCUGGGCAGCGCCGACGUGCCCCUGGCCACGCUGGCCGGGCUCGCCGUGAACUUGGAGGAGAGGGCGGCCACAGUGGAGGGCGUGUUUGCGCUACAGCCGCCCGCCCGUGUCAGGCGCUCGCUGCCGGCGAUGCCCGCCGACUUGCAGCCUAACGUCAGCGUGGCCAUCACCCUGCGCCGAGAGGACGUGGCGCUGGAGCUACAGACUUCGUCCACCAAAGAAGGACACGACAUAAACCCGUGCGCUGCCGUCGCGCCGGCCGCCGAGGACCAAAUUGCCAGUUCGACUCCAAUCCGAAAUCCUCCUGAGGUUGUUGCGCCGUCGCAGACCCAGCAGGAGGUACUGUCGCACGACGUGGAGCCCCUCGCCGUAUGUCAGGCCCAGGGCGAGGGCGCCACUUCUUCGUUGGUCGGUUGUGCCCUCAAAGCGUCCAUUCCGCCAUCGGCGCAUCGCUACUGUUUCUCUCUGGAUCUCUGCAACCUCAGACAGACCGGACUCUUACACACCAUCGCUGCCACAAUCAGGUACUCGUACGAGUUCUUCGGCAGCGCGGUGCCCGUGAUGACCAGCCACCCCGUGGAGCUGCGCAGGAACACGGACGUGUCUCUGCCGCACUCUUACUGCGCCUUCGACUUUGCCGCCGUGCCGCAGCAGCUGCAGGAUACCUUCCUCAGAAUUCCUCUGGUGUUGGAGCUGUGGCACCACGACGCCGGCAGUACCAACGAUUUCCUGAUUGGCCGAGCCUCGCUGCAGCUGUCUCGGCUGCUUGCCGCCGAGAGGAGCCGACACCCGGCCGGUGUGAGGGAGGCGCCCUGGCGCCAAAUCCACCAGGACCGAAUCCCCUUCUUCUCCACCCAGAGCUCCAACGAGAAAGCAGCAGAGUUGAGCCUGGUGGCCACACUGGACGACUUUGGGCUCGUGAACCCUAAGGACAUCCCCGUGUCGGAUUCGUGGCCGAAUGAGCCCGCGCCUCCUCUGCCAGAGAUGGCCGCCGAGCCAGCUGUGCCGCCUGCGCCCGGGGGCCCGCCGCCCCCCCGAGAUAGCGCCGAGUACCGCACGGCCCUAGAGCUAGAGCUGUGGAAGGAGACGCAGGAGGAUCUGUUCAACGAUCAGCUCCGGAAGAAGGAGUUGAGUCACAUGCAAGCGCUGGCGGAGGAGUGGAUGCGACGAGAGCGCGAGAGGGAAGCCUGCGUGAAAAAGAAGGAAAUGGAGUGCAGUCGUCUGGAGGAGCAGCUUCAGAAGACUCUGUCUGAUCUGGAGAAGAAGGAGAAGAUUUUGAAUGAAGCCGAGCUAAAGACCCAAAGGCUGCAGCGCGACCUGCAAGCCGAACACAAGCUAGAGCGGAAGGAGGCGCAGGAGACCGUCAAGAGGCUGCAGCUGGAGUGCGACCACCGGAUUGCGCUAGAGCGAGACAAAGUGCGCCUGAUGGAGGAGGAGCGAACGCGGCUCCUGAAGCAGAUCACAGACUGGGAGAACCGCUACAAGCAACUGGAGAAAGACUUUUAUCACUUCAAGGAGCAACAGAACGUCAAACCCGAAGUCCGCCUGCAGUCCGAGAUCAACAUUCUGACACUGGAGAAGGUGGAGCUGGAGAGGAAGCUGGAGUCCACCACCAAGUCCAAACUUCAUUACAAGCAGCAAUGGGGGCGCGCACUGAAGGAACUGGGUCGCUUCAAACAGCGCAAGGAGGAGAGCGAGAUUAUGCGUCUGAAGAAGCAGCAGGCCGAGUUGGACGCCAUGAGGCUGCGCUACGUGGCCGCCGAGGAGAAGGAGGUGGUACGACAAGAGCGGCAGGAAUUGGGGGACAUCAGGAACGAACUCAAUAGGUUGAAGCAGCAAGGGGAUAUAGGCCCCACCUCCUCGUACCCAGUCCCCAGUUUGAACCACAGCGCAGAGGAACACCUGAGCCGCCUUCUGGAGGAGCGUGACACGCUUCUCCGGACCGGCGUCUAUGGGCACGACGACCGCAUCAUCGCCGAACUCAACCGGCAAAUCGACGACGCCAUGGCCGACGUCAGCUGACGGCCAAUCCGCGAACAGCCAGGGUACAUCACGGCAGGAAUGCUUCCGUUGCGCUCAUGGAAAGUGCCGAGCUCGGCUACCCCUUCCGACAUGUGAAAGUAGCAUGUGAAUAAUAACCAGAGUUUUAAUUUAUUCAUAAUUGUGGUUUGGUGCCACGCGACAGGGCGAUGCAGUCAGAAGAUGGCGCUACAGCCUCACUAGAUUUUUUUAUUUUUAAAUAAAACGUCACUAACUCAAAAAGACACUUUCUGAUUUCGAUUUUUACAAUUUCUUAACUCAAUAAGGUGACGUAUGACGUUCGAAUAAGAGUUACGUGAUUGGCCUCCCGUUGUGUGUAAUCAAGCAACAUGCAAGUCAAAUCAAGUUUAUUUGUAUAGCCCUAAAUCACAAGCAGUCUCAAAGGACUUUACAUGUACAAAAAAGUUUGACAGUUAUUCUCAAAGCAUUCCCUGAUCUUAAACUCCCAAAAGAGCAAGGGAAAACUCAAAAACCCCUACUAGGGGAAAAAUGAGAAACCACAGAUGGUCACAGAUAUCGUAGAUAUCCCAGAUAUCUUUGUCAAAAUUUUCAACCUUUUAUUCAAACUCAAACACAUUAAAAACUGUUCAAACUUG